AUGAAAAAUGAAACGAGUAAAGAAGAGGGUUACUUAUCAGAAGUUGGUGCAUCACUUAUUGAUCAAAAAUUAAAAUUAAAUAUUGUACCACAGACAAAUGUUGUUGCAUUAGCUGCUCCAACGUUUAAUUAUGGACGUAUCGAUCGUGCUAAAGCACGUACCAAACAACGGAUACGAACACGUUAUCCAGAAAUUGGCAAACGUUUCCAUCGAAUUGGAUUACCACCAAAGAUUGGUAGUUUUCAAUUAUUUGUGAAUGGUUAUCAAGAUGCUAGUUAUUGGUUACGACAAUGGGAAGUGCAUCGAGAAUUAUCACCAUCUUCGAUUACGAUGAAACGAUUUCAGCAUUUGUUUGAACGGAUGGUUAUAUUAGAUUAUAUUAUUCGAAAUACGGAUCGUGGCAAUGAUAAUUGGUUAAUUAAAUAUGAACCAACAAAUGUUAUCAGUGCUGUACCACAAGAUCCUACACCAGCAAAAGAUGCGGUGUUAGCUGAUGAAAUACCUGCUGCUAAUGAAAUUAGUGAAGGAAUUGUACAUACUCAUAACAAUACAAUUGGAAAAAAUAUCACCGAGCAACUUGUCAUGGAUAUGUUAGAGUGUGAUGUUAAUAUCGAAAAUUGGGAUGAAACGGAGGAGCCGAAAAUUGAUGUAGCAGCAAUUGAUAAUGGAUUAGCUUUUCCAAUAAAACAUCCCGAUGAAUGGCGUACAUAUCCAUAUCGGUGGGCUUGGCUACCGAUGGCAAAAAAUCCGUUCAGUGAGGAAAUUGUUGAUUUGGUACUUCCUCAAUUGGAUAAUAUAGAUUUCAAGGAUCCUGGUUUUGAUAAGAAAAUGUUCGAAUUACAACUUAGUGUUUUAAGAGGACAAAUUUUUAAUCUUCGUGAAGCUUUACGUCUUCGAAAAUCACCACAGCAAUUGGUUCAGAUGCAACCACAACUGAUAGUUGAAAUGAAAUCAAAAAAGAAACGACGAUUACGUACAGUACCACGUGAUACGCGAUCAUUAAGUACUACUGAUGCAGGCGAAGAAACUCUUACUGAUCAUCCAUCAUCAUCUACUCUAUCACUAUCACAAGGCCAAUGGCAAAAUGUUGAGCCAAAAACAUGGCCUGAAAGUUAUCAACAAAAAGUUCAAACACGAUCAGCUUUUUUUACCUGGUGGUAA